AUGGAGAGGAGAUUGGGCAGGAAGAACGAUGAGAACGCUCCCGACUUGACGGACUUCAUAAACGACAUGUUCUUCGGGACGGUUAAGGUGGAGAAGAAAGAGUACAACCUUACCGGCACCACAACAGUCGACAAUAAUAAUGAUAAUAAUAAUAAUCGCCGUCAAGAAAGAGCGGAGGCCAGCAACGGAACGCCGCGUUUCGUGAAUGAUUACAGUGGUGGAGAAGAAGAUUACUUCGAUUCCAGCACGCGGUCUAGCCGCCGCGGGGGCGGCAGGGAAGCACGGCGUUACAGUAGCAGAGCGGGGGUGAUAUCAAUGGAAGAUGAUGAGGAUUAUGAGGAUUUUGAGUCGAGCACGAGGAGCGUGAGCAGUAGGCUAACGCAGGAUUGGCUAAAGGAAGCUAAAAGAAUGGUGGCUAAUUCGUCUCCGGGGAGACUGGUUGGCUCCCCCAGGUUUGCAGCUGUUCAAGGGAGGCUUUCUGUUUCGUCUAAUACUGAAAAGAGGGACUCCUUCUCUAGAUCUGCUAGAAGAGGUAGAACAGUGGACAGCUUCAGUGAAGAAAUUCUGAUCAAGUCAGCCAAGCAUAACAGGAACAAAUCCGAAACCACACUGGACCAGUCUUCACCGGAUUCCCCUGCAACGGCAAUCCACAAGUGGUUUUCCGACAUCCUCAAACCGCCCGUUUCCAUUCCCGACAGCCCCCCCGGCGGCGACCACUCACCUUCAAGCCCGAAUGCUAAUCAGACGAACCUAGCCCUCCCGCCCCGCCAAUCAACGCUCAGAAAGUCCCGAUUCCAAAAUGCAUCUCAGACAACCAAGCGAACUUUUAAACCUCCCGCCGUUCCCGAUGAUCCGGCCGUCUCUCCGCCCAAAAAUUUCUUCGAUUCGUCUCGCAGGGGAUCGAUCUCCUCGGCUCCCAACGACAAGAUUCUGUCCCCGCCGAGAAAACUGGUGGAGUCUGUUCACCGGAGAUGCAUAUCUGCGUCCACUUGCUCCAUGGACAAGAUAUACCGAAAGAACCACGGAGAGGAUGGUGUCCAGCUUAAGGAGAAAAGCACGGAGGAGGGUAAAGAAUUGAACGGGUUCUUGAGGGAUCAGAGAGGUAGAACAGUGGACAGCUUCAGUGAAGAAAUUCUGAUCAAGUCAGCCAAGCAUAACAGGAACAAAUCCGAAACCACACUGGACCAGUCUUCACCGGAUUCCCCUGCAACGGCAAUCCACAAGUGGUUUUCCGACAUCCUCAAACCGCCCGUUUCCAUUCCCGACAGCCCCCCCGGCGGCGACCACUCACCUUCAAGCCCGAAUGCUAAUCAGACGAACCUAGCCCUCCCGCCCCGCCAAUCAACGCUCAGAAAGUCCCGAUUCCAAAAUGCAUCUCAGACAACCAAGCGAACUUUUAAACCUCCCGCCGUUCCCGAUGAUCCGGCCGUCUCUCCGCCCAAAAAUUUCUUCGAUUCGUCUCGCAGGGGAUCGAUCUCCUCGGCUCCCAACGACAAGAUUCUGUCCCCGCCGAGAAAACUGGUGGAGUCUGUUCACCGGAGAUGCAUAUCUGCGUCCACUUGCUCCAUGGACAAGAUAUACCGAAAGAACCACGGAGAGGAUGGUGUCCAGCUUAAGGAGAAAAGCACGGAGGAGGGUAAAGAAUUGAACGGGUUCUUGAGGGAUCAGAGGCGAAAAAUUGGAAUGAUUUUGAACAGAGAGAUUGAUUUGAAGGCCAGGAUUGUGCUCUCAGGACAUUCAAACAGUACAAGUUCAAUGGUGGCAGCAAUAUGCUAUGCAAUGUUGUUGGAGAAUAGGAGGAGGGCUAAUAAUGAGAGAGAUGAGGUGGUAGUGCCUGUGAUGAACAGUACAAGGGCCAAUAUGUGGAAGCAACAACAGGCGGCUUGGCUAUUUCACCACGUUGGCCUUGAUAUCAAGGCUUUGUUCUUUUUUGACGAGGUGGAUUUGGAAACGUUAACAGAGUCUAAACAAGUGAUCAUGCAAGUCUUAGGGGAAGAUAUCCUUAAAACCAAUGGAGAGGUUGUGUCUGAAUGCACUGUUCUUACAGACAACUAUUGUGAGGAAGCUUAUGAUCUGCUUCAAACCCCUAUGCUGAAAAAGCUAUUGCUUGCAGGUAUACUUUUAGACACAGGAAACUUGAUGUUGUCUGCUGCUAAUAAUAAGGUGCCCAUGAAAACCAAAGACGCAGAAGCUGUGCAGCUUCUGACGGUUGGCAGUGCCCCUGAUUAUAGAAACACACUCUUUGAUCAGUUGAUGCAAGAUCACAAGGAUAAUAAAAGUUUCAAUGAAACUCUACAGAAGAGUUACGGGGAGCCUCCCGCCGAAGGUAACCAUAACGAAGAAGCAUUGGAGGAACAGGUUUCUGUGAAGAGCUCUAAUCGUCGUCAAUCAAAGUCGGAUAAAAGUUGUAGUGACACAAAGAAUUCAAGAAGUAGCAAAGCAUCAUCUAACACAGGUGCAGGGAAACCAACACCGUCGCCCAAGGAGGUUGCUGCCCCAACAGCACCGAAGGCCGUCGAUCCGCCGCCUCGUCCCAAGAACAGAUUCUUUUUGGCAAAAUGGUUUGGAUUUGGAUCAAAAUGAUUACCAUUUAAUUUAGUACAAAUUUGCAUAUUUCAUUUGUGUGUCAUUAAUUAGUUUUGAGUUAUUGUUUUUUUUAAUACAACUGAC